ACAAAAUGAAAAGUAUCUUAUUGAUCACAUUAUUGGCUUUGACAUAUACAGCAGAUCCAGAAUAAUGUUUAAAAGAAAAAUGUCCAAAUGAAUAUGCAGCAUGUUAAAAAGAAGUAUUUGGUUGUGCUUCUGCUGCUAUGAAAUGUAAGAACUAAUGUGGUGGUGAUGAUGCUUAAUGUAUGUUAGAUUGUGCAUUGGCUUCAAAAAAUGCCAAACUUAUAGCAUUGUAUUCUAUAAACUAUUUUUAGAGCUGAAUGUGGACAUGCAAAUUGUUCAGAAGUGGCAUUCACUUACUGUGAUAUUUAAAUAUGUGUAGAAUCAUUCAAAUAAGAAUGUAUGACAUCACAAAGUUUAUAAUCAUUCUAAUGUGCUUCCACUUUCCUUUAAAGACAUUCCGAAUGUUAAUGCAUUAUGGAAUUUUGAAGUCCAUUAUAAGCAAC